AUGUCAGGCUUCGGUGCUCCUGGCGGCGGCGCCGUCAACAUCAAACCCACCCCUCCCGAACGCGGAUCUUUUCCGCUUGACCACGAUGCCGAGUGCAAACAUCUGAUCUCGUCCUACUUACGAUGCCUGAGAAGGCAGAAUCCCCCAGGGAAGAACAACGAAGAGUGCAGGGUGAUGGCAAGGGACUACUUGAACUGCCGAAUGGAGAAAGGACUCAUGGCAAAAGAUGAAUGGACCAACCUAGGCCUGAACUUCGACAAGACUGCCAACAGCAAUGAAGUCGACAAUCCGGGCGAAGCAGCGGGCCAGGCAAACAAGUGA